AUGCCUAGCAGAAGAGCCCGCAAGAAGCGGCGGACAGAGGACUUUUCAAGCUCUUCGGAGUCUGAAAACGAUAGUGACUCCAUGAGCGUGAGCAGCGUACACGAAGAGCAACCGGACGCGCCGGAAUCAUAUACCAUCGACGGCCUGGACACACAAGAGGUGUCGGACAGCACACAGCUGAGACUACAACAGCUGAACGCCGACAGACUGGCCAGCUUGGAACACAGCCUAAUCAGCAACGUGAAACUCGACAUUGACGCAGCACAAAACCAGAUAAAAAAUGCGAGAGAGCAGCUACAGAACGAGUAUUUGAAGAAAAUGCUGGUCACCUACUCUGAGGACCUGGAUGCACUGCGUCAGAAAACCGAUUUCAAGGAGAAUUCACUCAAAACCCUCGCCCGACUUCUCAAAGAGAGCGGAAAUAUCUUUGACGACGAAACUCUCAAACUGGAUGCCUCUAUUCUUCGAGGUUCCAGUUACAAGGACUCCCAGAAGGGGGCAAAGCCGUACAUGUUGGAAAAAAGGGCUGAUGAUGGCUCGGUCACGAUGGAAUUGCAAAACGCGCAGUCUUUUUACGAAGUCGAGGUCCAGAUAGGGUCCAAUAACCAGACGGUCGGAGUUCUGGUUGAUACUGGCUCUUCGGACAUGUGGGUGAUGAACUCGAAUAACUCUUACUGUUCGUCUUCCAGCAAUAGAAAGGUGAAACGAGCCGGCUCGGCAGAUAUGCUCAAAAAGGGACGCGAUCUUUCCGACUUGUACAAUUUCAACUCUCCAGACGACGACGGCAAUGCGAAAGCACUGCUUGGUGGCUGGGGAGACGUGACCACGACCGAGAUCUUCACACAGGAAGAGACACAGACGGCUUCCGCUGCGCAGGCCACUCUUGACUGCUCGCAGUUCGGAACGUUCGAUCCUUCUGAGUCCAAGUCAUUUCACAACAACGGCACCGCGUUUCAUAUUUCGUACCAGGACAACUCUUUUGCCUAUGGAACCUGGGGCUACGACGACGUCACUUUCAACGGUGUCACCGUCAACGAUCUCUCGUUGGCCGUGGCCGAUGAAACCAAUUCUCAAAUGGGCGUUUUGGGAAUUGGGUUUAGAGAACUGGAAACGACGUACUCAGGAAGCGGAUCGCAGCAUUACAUCUACGACAACUUGCCCUUCAAAAUGGUCAACCAGGGACUCAUCGGUAGAGCCGCGUAUUCUGUCUACCUCAACUCGUCUGACGCCAGCAGCGCUUCGAUCCUUUUUGGUGCAGUUGACCACAGCAAGUACAGCGGAGACCUUGUUUUGCUUCCUAUCAUAAACUCGGCUGCUUCUCUCGGCUACCAGAAACCUAUCAAGCUCGAAGUCACUUUGUCUGCCAUGACCGUCAGCAACAGCAAAGGGCAGCAAGUCAGCAUCGGUUCGGGCGCUGCGGCCGCACUCUUCGAUACCGGAACGACUCUUACGUAUGCUCCAAACGACGUCAUCGAACAGCUUGCCGAAAGCCUCAACUUCGACUACAGCAGCUCUGUUGGGGCCUACGUGACAAGAUGCAACUCUGUCGAGAGCUACUCUAUUAAUUUCGACUUCCAGGGUAAAGUUAUAGAGGUUCCCUUGAGUUCUUUCCUUGUGGCUCUGCAAACCACCUCCGGGCAGGUUUCCUCCUACUGCGCAUUGGGCAUUUUCUCCUCCGGAGACGAGUCCUUUACCCUGGGAGAUUCUUUCCUGCAAAACGUCUACUUCGUGGCUGACCUCGAGGGAUACAAAAUGGCUAUAGCCAACGUGAACCUGAGUCCUGGAAACGAGCAAGUUGAGGCCAUCUCAAGCGACUCCAUUCCUUCCGCUUCGUCGGUUGCCGAUUACUCCAGUACGUGGGGCGGCUCUGCCACAGCUCUGGAUAUUGGCCAGUCGACUUCUCUGGGAUCGGUGACUGCGGUGACCACGGGAAAGGUGACUUCGUCCAUGAAGGCGGAGUCGGGCGUGGAAACCGCCACCUCGUCCAUGUCUGGGUCGACGUCGACGUCGUCUGGCUCCAGCUCGGGCUCCAGCAGCGGUUCGAAGGCAGUGAGCUUCAGCGUCGGUGCUGUUUUGUGCGCAUUCGCGGUUUCUGUACUGGUUAUUGGCUAG